AUGUCUGAUUUUAAUUCAGUGUUUCAGUCUUUGUUUCCCAAAAAUUUUGAUGAAAAUUCUAAUUUGGAAGAUAUUUCAACGUCUAUCCCAAACACAGAUUACACUCAAAACACUAGAAUCUUAACAUCAGUUGAUCAUACCAAUGUUUACUCAUCGUCCACUUCAUUAGAGUUAAUGAAUUGUCCACCAUCUACAUCUACUUGUUCUGUAUCAGAGGAUAUCACUAAUCGUCAUUUGCCUUAUACAAAAUCAAAACCAGUGAACUCUGCACUCUCUACAAGCUUUAAUAAUCAUUCCAAAUAUGGUACAUAUCAGCCGAUGAAUUGGACCAAUGAGACAGUAUUACAACUUCUACAUACAAGUAAUGAUGGGCGAUAUGUCUUAGCAGAUUCAGUGACCAAUAAAGGCCGUUUAUCUGACGAUGGUCAAAAUGCACUAACCAAGUUAUUAAUUAACUUUUUAUUUCAAGAUAAAUGCAAAGGUACUGAUUUCUUUUUCAAGAAAAUCGCCAAACUCAUUGUAGAAAUAUUUCCUCUUGAAAAAGAGAGAGUUUAUUUUAUAGCUGCUAAAAGUGAAGGUAAUCAUCAAACCCAUGCAAAAGGGAAACUAGUUGAACGUUGGAAAAAUGUAGCUAGACGUCUUCGUAGUAUUGGUGCGAUUGAGUUUGAUAGAAAAAAAAUUGUUCCUACAUUAGAAAAACCUGUAUUUUCUGAUGAACUAGCAUUGGCUAAAUUAUGGCUACAAGAAGAAGGAUUAUCAGCAGACUUUGAAUCUGUAAAAGAAAAGUGGAAUUUAACCUUUGAUUUGAGGAGAUCUGAAGUACUUAAUUCACAUACCAAACUUACUUUAUGUGACAUAUUUAAAAGUUGGCCUAUUCUCAAAAGCCCAAGAGGAUAUGAAUUGGUAUGUGAAGAUUUCAACACAUUAUAUCCCAUGCAAAAAGAGUUAUUCCCUAACUGGAACACUUUUUAUGAAAAGUGGACUUUAGUUACUGAUAAACUGAUCAAUAUUAGAAGAUUGUCAGUAAAAAAUAAAGUUGCUAUAGAGUUAAUUAAACAAUUUGAUAAUUUUCAACAA